AUGUAUUUAGGAAAAGAACAAAAUACUAAUUAUUGCAAUGUGUUUCAGUCUCUUGAAAAUUUGAUGCAACAUUCAGAGGAUAACCCAAAUCAGAUUCGCAUAUUGGCACAGACCUUAACAGAUGGAGGAGUCAUGGAUGAACUGAUCAAUGAGGAACUUGAGACAUUUAAUUCUCGUUGGAGGGAACUACAUGAAGAGAAAUGUAUUGCUUUUCACAUCAUUGCAGGCUUAGUUUCAAGGGAUUUAUUUACAUUUUUCUGUCUAGAUGGUGUUAAUGCUGACAGCAUCAAACAAGCCUCAGAACAACUGAACAGCCGGUGGAUAGAAUUCUGUCAGUUGCUAAGUGACAGAAUUAACUGGCUGGAGUAUCAGAACAACAUCAUCACUUUCUAUAAUCAUUUACAACAAUUGGAACAGAUGACAACUACUGCUGAAAACUGGUUGAAAACCCAACCCACCACCACAUCAGAGCCAACAGCAAUUAAAAGCCAGUUAAAAUUUUGUAAGGAUGAAGUCAACCGGCUGUCAGCUCUUCACCCUCAAAUUGAGCAAUUAAAAAUUCAGAGCAUAGCCCUGAAAGAGAAGGGACAAGGGCCAAUGUUCCUGGACGCAGACUUUGUGGCCUUUACAAAUCAUUUUAACCAAGUCUUUGUUGAAGUUCAAGCCAGAGAGAAGGAGCUACAGACAAUCUUUGACGCUUUGCCACCCAUGUGCUAUCAGGAGACAAUGACUACCAUCCGGACAUGGAUCCAUCAGUCAGAAACCAAACUGUCUAUACCUCAGUUUAGGGUCACUGAAUAUGAAAUUAUGGAGCAGAGACUUGGAGAGUUGCAGGUUUUGCAAAGUUCUCUGCAAGAGCAACAACGUGGCCUAAACUAUCUCAGCACCACUGUGAAAGAAAUGUCAAAGAAAGCACCUUCUGAUAUUAGCCGGAAAUAUCAAUCAGAAUUUGAAGACAUCGAGAGUUGCUGGAAGAAGCUCUCCUCCCAGCUGGUGGAGCAUUGUCAAAAACUGGAGGAGCAAAUGAAUAAACUUCGAAAAAUUCAGAAUCACAUAAAAACCUUGAAGAAAUGGAUGGCUGAAGUUGAUGUUUUCCUGAAGGAGGAAUGGCCUGCCCUUGGGGAUUCAGAAAUUCUAAAAAAGCAGCUGAAACAGUGCAGACUUUUAGUGAAUGAUAUUCAGACAAUCCAGCCUAGUCUAAACAGUGUCAAUGAAGGUGGCCAGAAGAUAAAGAGUGAAGCAGAACCAGAGUUUGCAUCCAGACUUGAGACAGAGCUCAGAGAACUUAACUCUCAGUGGGAUCACAUGUGCCGACAGGUCUAUACCAGAAAGGAAGCCUUAAAGGGAGGUUUGGAUAAAACUGUAAGCCUGCAGAAAGAUCUAUCUGAGAUGCAUGAAUGGAUGACUCAAGCUGAGGAAGAAUAUCUAGAGAGAGAUUUUGAAUAUAAAACUCCAGAUGAAUUACAGACAGCAGUUGAAGAGAUGAAGAGAGCAAAAGAAGAGGCCCAGCAAAAGGAAAGCAAAGUGAAACUUCUUACUGAGACUGUAAAUAGUGUCAUAGCCCAAGCUCCACCUGCAGCACAAGAGGCCUUAAAAAAAGAACUUGAUACCCUAACCACCAACUACCAGUGGCUCUGCACCAGGCUGAAUGGGAAAUGCAAAACUUUGGAAGAAGUUUGGGCGUGUUGGCAUGAGUUAUUGUCAUAUUUGGAAAAGGCAAACAAGUGGCUAAAUGAAGUAGAAUUAAAACUUAAAACCACUGAAAAUGUUCCCAGUGGAGCUGAAGAAAUCUCUGAGGUGGUAGAAGUAAGUUGUGGGUUAAUCUCAAUUAUGGUAAUUUAUAUUCAGUAUUGAAAGAGGUUAUGCACCAAAUAGAAAAUAAAAUGCAAAAA